CGCUACAUAUAGGGAUGACACUAGAGAUUUUUCAAUACAAUGUCCUCAUAACAGAACAAUAUAGCCUCUGUCCAUUCCAAAGUUACGUUGUCAAAGUAUUAAAUGAUUCAUUCUACGAUGUGUGCACCAAAUGCCCCGGCAAAGUACAAGUUGAAGCGGAUAAAUUUUACCAAGACCAAUGUCAAGCAACAAACUGAAAAAAGUGAAGCUGUGUUUGUACUCUUGGAUCAUGAAAGCAAGAACACAGGCUCUACAUUCUAUAAGGAAAACGAGCCAAGUGAUAUGCCUUCUCACCUUCUGAAAUUGGAAGUUUUGAUAUUGACUUCCACAUAAAGGUGAAGGAGUUCAAUAUGAACAAAUUAAAUCAUCACCUGAAAUGAAUUCACUCUCUGGAAGAUGAAUGAGGCUAAGGAAUCUAACAAUUCAGAUUU